AUGUAACUGUAAGUGAAGUCUAACCGCAAUUUCAAAACUUUCACUUUAUAGCAUCACUUGGAACACUAACUUGUACAUGCGUUACGUUAAUUACCACCCUGAACCCAUCAAAAACAGUUCCACUCAUCAAACAAUGUUCCGGUGGCGCAUAAACAACACCACCGUGGGAAUCCUCCAAACCCUACCCAUGGUGGCGGGCCUGGCGGCGAUGGGCGUCUCCGCCUACAUCCGCGUCCACGGCGGCUGCGACAGGGUCCUCCACUACCCUCUCCUCUUCGGAGGCCUCUUCGUGUCCGUCGUCUCCACGCUCGGCCUCAUGGCCGCCCUCUGCCGCCUCAGCUCCGCCCUCUACCUCUACCUCCUCCUCGCCUUCUUCCUCCUCCUCGCCUUCGCCUCCUUCACCGUCGCCGCCCUCUUUGUUACCGCAACCCACGCGCCGGACCACCACGCGCCCCACCUGGGCUUCCGCGUACGCGAUUUCUCCCCCUGGCUGCAGCACUACGUCACCCACCAAAACCACUGGGAUGAGGCCAGGGCUUGCUUGCUUAGAUCGCGUGUCUGUCACCACCUCGACGUUCGUCGUAACAACGACUCUCGCGUCUUCGACCACUUGUCUUCCACGCAGUUUGGGUGCUGUAUGCCUCCAGUGCAAUGCGGAUUCAGAAUGAAGAACGCAACAUUCUGGGAAGUGCCAAAAGCGGGUCCAUCAGUGAACGAUUCAGAUUGCAUGGCUUGGAAUAACAGAGAAGACAAACUGUGUUACGAUUGCGAUUCAUGCAAAGGUGGAGUGCUGGCGAGCAUCAGGAAGCAGUGGAGACAUCUCACUGUAUUCAACAUUUGCAUCAUUGUUCUUGUCACCACCGUAUAUGUCUUAGGCUGCUACGCCAUUAGGAACAAUCGAUUGGACUACACCAGUUACAAGUCCCAGAGACGCAUCAGAAUACCCUUGACAGUUAUUCAGGGUUUUUACUAUUAACUCAUCAUUUUCAAGAGUUUGUAGGUCUCUCUAUAUAUAUGGCAUUAUGCUCUUGUUUUAGUGGUGUUGUGUCUUUGCUUUAAUUGUGGUUGUGUUUACUUGAAACAUCUCUUGAUCUAUAAAUUGAGCACGUAGCUAGUUAGGUAGUUGAUACCAUGUUAUGUAAUUU